UUCCGGGUUCGGGCUCUCUUCAGCAGGUGCAUGGGUUGCGUGGAACCGCGCACUUCGAUUAGAAAGGACCCUAUUCGGCGCGCAAUUCGCGUCGACAGGUAAUCUUGGUAACUUUGUUUACUGCCAAAAGUGAGAAAAGAACCGUGUGGAAGCAAGAACCCUCUGUCACAGAGGGUAAGCACGGUGUUCGUCUCCUUGCGUCCAGUAAGCCAACGCGAUGCAGUCGCUCCGACCAUCACCAUCGUCGCGAAUCCGUCUCUCAAUCUCCCGCCAUUUCCUCUCUCCGAUUACCCACUUACCACUAAGAGCAGCAAGCAGAGCCUCGAUUGGAGUCGCCAGCGCUGCAGAUACCGGGCCUGUAGUUUCUUAUUCGCGCUUGAUCAAGAACGAUCGUCCUUCGGCGCGAACUCUGAAUCCUAAUUCAUCUGCCCUUCGGCGGGCUUUAACAGUCUCGCGACUGCCUUCCGCAGAUUCCUCCCCCUGCCUUCGCACCGCCGCGCAGUCCGCGCCGCUUGCGGGUACCGUUUCCCCUUUUCGUCCGCGCGUUGCGCCCAUCGCCCGCCGCGGGAUUUCGUCGGAGCAAGCGCCUCCGCGCAACGUGCGCGUGAUGGCGGAAGCGGAGCGGAAGGAGGAGGCCCCUGGCGAGGCGGGUCGAGCGGAGGAGGAGAGGGGCGGAGGGGAGUGCGCGGGGAAGACGCACCAGUACACGAAUCGCCUGGCCAAGGAACAGAGCCCGUACCUGCUGCAACACGCGCAUAACCCGGUUGACUGGUAUCCGUGGGGGGAGGAGGCGUUUGCGCGGGCGCGAGAGGAGGGGAAGCUGAUCUUCCUGUCGGUGGGGUACUCCACGUGUCACUGGUGCCACGUCAUGGAGGUGGAGUCGUUUGAGCGCGAUGACGUGGCGGAUAUCAUGAACGAGGGGUUCGUCAACAUCAAAGUGGACAGGGAGGAGCGCCCUGACGUGGACAAGGUCUACAUGACCUACGUACAGGCCACGCAGGGGGGGGGCGGGUGGCCCAUGAGUGUGUUCCUCACGCCAUCUCUGCACCCCGUCUUUGGCGGCACUUACUUCCCUCCAGAGGACAAAUACGGCCGCAUUGGCUUCAAGUCCCUGCUCAAGCGAGUUCGCUCUGUGUGGGAGGUCCGGCGCAGUGAGGUGCAGAGCGGUGCAGAGGAUGCCAUGGCGCAGCUGCAGGAGGCCAUGCAAGGGGGAGGGGCGAAGGCGAUGGUGGAGCGCCCCUCCACCAGCAGCAAGGGGGAGGGGGAGGCGGAGGGGGGGGCGGAGGGGAAGGCGGAGCAGGAGGAGGAAAGGGUGAGAAGACUAGCCGAGGAGGCAGUGAAGCUGUGCACGGAGCAGCUGGCCUCGCGGUACGAUCACAAAUUGGGGGGGUUUGGGUCGGCGCCCAAGUUCCCCCGCCCCUCAGAACUCAACCUGCUGAUGAGGGCGCACCUGAGGGAGGCGCAACUGGGGGAGGAUGCGGAAAAGGGGAAGGGGAGGGUGGUGAGGGGGACGGGGCCGGGCGCGCUGGAGAUGGUGGUUCACACGCUGGAGUGCAUGGGAAGGGGGGGCAUGCACGACCACGUGGGAGGGGGCUUCCACCGAUACUCGGUUGAUGAGUACUGGCACGUGCCCCACUUUGAGAAGAUGCUCUACGACCAAGGCCAGCUCGCCAACUCCUAUCUCGACGCGCUUCUCAUCACCGGCCGCCCUGAUUUCGCGCGCAUGGGGCGGGAUAUUUUGGACUAUGUGCGGCGGGACAUGACGCACGUGGAGGGCGGCAUCUUCAGUGCGGAGGACGCUGACAGCCUGGCGGCCGUUACUGACGAGAGGAAGAAGGAAGGGGCGUUCUAUGUGUGGAGUGAGAAGGAGAUUGCAUCAAUUCUCGGUCCCUCAACCCCUCGCUUCCGUCUCUUCACCACCCUCUACACUGUGCGCAAGGAUGGCAACUGCGACCUCUCCCCUCGCUCCGACCCCCACAACGAGUUUGCGGGGCUCAACUGCCUCAUCCAGCGUUGCUCUGUGGCUGAGGCGGCUGGAAAAGCGGGCGUACCGGAGGAAGAGGCAGAGGAGGUCCUAGGCGAGUGUCGCCAGUUGCUGCAUGCAGCCAGGAGCAAGCGACCCCGCCCACAUCUGGAUGAUAAGGUCAUAGUGGCUUGGAAUGGGCUCAUGAUAUCUGCCUUUGCACGAGCGUCUCGGAUCCUCCAAUCGGAGCCUGCCACGUCAUCCCACCACUUCCCCGACGACGGAUCCCCGCCGUCCGUCUACCUCGCCUGCGCCGUCCGGGCGGCGAGUUUUGUCCGGUCCAAGCUGUACGACCCGGCGUCUUUGCGCCUGCGGAGAAGCUUCCGGGAAAGCGCGUCCGAAGUGUGGGGGUUUGCGGAUGACUACGCCUUCCUGGUAGCUUCCUUGCUGGACCUGUUUGAGGCCUCGGGCGACUCUGAUUGGCUGGCGUGGGCCAUGGAGCUGCAGGACUCGCAGGACCGCCUGUUCUGGGACGAGAAGGAAGGAGCCUAUUUCAACACAGCAGAGGGCGAUCCUUCCCUGCUCCUGCGAAUGAAGGAGGACUACGACGGGGCGGAGCCCGCUGCCAGCUCAGCAGCAGCUGCCAGCCUGGCGCGCCUGGGAGCCAUGAUUGGCGGGCCGAGGGGCGAGGAGUUCCGGAGGAAAGCAGCCAAGUGCCUGCUGGCCUUUGAGGACCGUCUCACCCGCAUGCCAUUAGCCGUGCCACAGAUGUGCUGCUCGCUGGAUCUGCUGGCUGCCACAUCAGCGCCAGCUCAGCGCCAGGUCAUCAUUGCUGGGCCACGGGGCAGGCCUGAAACUGAGGCGCUGCUGAACGCUGUGUUCUCCGUGCUGCAACCGCAUCUUACUCUCAUCCCUAUUGAUCCAUCCAACCAAUCGGAUGUUGCCUUCUGGCAGCAGCACAAUCCAGCUGUCCUUGCCAUGGCAUCCAAGGGCAUGGGUGACAGGUCUACUGGCACUGCCACGUCAGCAGCAGGGGAUGAGGCAGCAGCAGCAGGUGCUACGUCAUCAGCGUACGUGUGCCAGAACAUGACGUGUCUGGCGCCUGUGUGUGAGCCGGACAAGCUGGUUUCUCUUUUGAAAGGAGGGCUGCAAGGGGGGAUUGGUAGUGUGUCUGCGUUUGCCUUGCCUGCUGGGUGGUCUGGAAAGAGUAAGGGGUAGAACUUGCGUGAGACAGGCUGCCUAGGAUUUGCAUAAUAGGCAGAUGAAGGCGGCUUUCGUGAGUGAGCUAGCUCUGGCACUAUAUGAAGACAUCUAGUGGGAGCAUUGAUGUGUACAUACAUACUUAUUCUCCACUACAAAUAUAUGUUUUAUGGAUGU